GAGAGGAGAAAGCGUUUGUAAACAAACUGACGUGCAUGCAUGUGGUGGUGGGGCUGUGACUAAGGAUGGCAAGUCAAACCAACGGGAAUGUUACAGGAAAAACUGAGAGUUAUGAAGCAUGGAAAAUAAGAUCUAUCAAGUUUGCGAAAGAGUGGACUCAUGUGGUGCUGUGGCUUGCAACAAAUCUUAUCUUUUGGUUAGUUGUGUAUUUCAGAUAUGAGAACGAGCCUGAAUACCACUACAUUCGAUUACUAGCUGGGAAAUCGUUACCUUUUGCCAAAGCUUGUGCAGCCUGCCUUAAUCUCAACAGCAUGUUGAUACUGUUUCCAGUUUGUAGGAAUCUUAUUUCAUUCUUCAGAAGUUCAGUGGAAACCAAAGCAUGUUGUAAACGAAGUGUUCGUCGACUGCUGGACAAAAACCUAGUUUUUCAUAAGACAUUGGCUUACGUCAUUAUCCUCUUUACUCUCGGCCACAUCAACGCACAUUACUUUAACUUUGAAAACUUAUUCAAUUCCCGCGUACACCCAGAGACAGAUAUUCAGAAGACGCUAAGUUUUUUGCCUUAUGAACAACCAGAUACAUGGGUUAAUCCUGUACAGAACCCCUCUGAGACUACGUAUGGUCUAGGCGUCAUUCAACAGGUCAUGCAGCGUGUGGCUGGCUGGACUGGCAUCUUCAUCACAAUGGCUCUGUUGCUUAUGUAUACUUCCUCAACUGAAUUCAUUAGGCGUUAUUAUUUUGAGACAUUUUGGUUCACACAUCACCUCUUUAUCAUCUACUAUGGUUUCCUAAUUGCCCAUGGAGCUGAAGGGAUUGUACGCUAUCAAACAAAUGUUGAAGAGCACAACCCAAAGAAAUGUGCAGAUUAUCCAGAUAGUUGGUCAACAAUGGAUGACUGUAAAAAUGCACCAAUGUUUGCUGGUGGUGAACUGAAGAGUUGGAAAUGGGUGAUAGCACCAUUGAUUAUUUACUUUUUGGAACGGGUUAUCAGAUUUUGUCGUAGCGUUCAAACUGUUACGAUCACAGAAGUUAUCCAGCAUCCAUCCAAUGCUUUUGAGAUUCGGAUGAAGAAGUCCGGAUUUGAGAUGCUUCCUGGUCAGUACAUAUUCAUAAAGUGUCCACAAUUGUCAAAUUUUGAAUGGCAUCCAUUUACUCUAACAUCCUCUCCCAAUGAGGAUUUUUUUAGCGUUCACAUCCGCACAGUUGGUGAUUGGACGAAUGGCCUCGCAGAAGCCUGUGGGGUUGGUGGAGAUGAUGUAAUUACACCAUCAAAACUACCUAGAGUCGCAGUUGAUGGACCGUUUGGUACCGCAAGUAUUGACAUAUUUAAGUACAAAGUUGGUGUAUGUGUGGCAGCAGGUAUUGGUGUUACACCCUUUGCAUCUAUCCUGAAGACUAUUUGGCAUCGUUUGUUGAACAAUUCUGAAGAUAUGAAACUUAGCAAAGUAUAUUUCUUCUGGAUCUGUCCCGAAACAAAUGCAUUUGCUUGGUUCUCGGAAUUACUGGAAGUGUUUGAACGCGAUAUGGUUGAGAAGGGAUAUGCAGACUUCCUUAAUUACAACAUUUACUUGACAAGGGGAUUGAGUUUUAAAGAGACUAAAAACAUAUAUUUGUCAGAGAAUGAAAAUACAGAUCCCAUUACUGGACUGAGGCAGAAGACCCAUUAUGGCCGACCAAAAUGGCCUACGAUAUUUUCCGAGAUUGCCAAUGAAAACCAAGGUAUUGAUGUCGGUGUCUUUUUCUGUGGUCCAAGCGGUUUGUCGGAAAUCCUUUAUAAAAAUUGCAAACUGCAUUCUGAAAUUUCCAGAGAUGGUUGCCGAUUUUUUUAUAACAAAGAAAACUUUUAAUUUCUGUUAAGAGUAUUUAGUAAAACAUUCAGUGCCAAGGGUGACACCAGGAUUUGCCCGACAGGGGCAACGAGAGGAAAGUGGGCGUGGUCGGGCAUUGCUUAAAAAUUUAGUGGUUUCAAAUUCUUAUUUUAUCGACUUUAGAGUCUACUAAUAUGUAGAAAAUACAUACAGUGCACCUUCAAUGCUGUAAAUAUACGUUGAUAGAAAAUUAUAAACCAUUACAGCACACAUAAAAGAAGUGUAAACCAUCACAAAGAAAGAAGUGUGUACUGAUAUACAGUUGUAGAAAACAUUUAUGAUUGCAAUAUAUAUACAUUUAUUCCGUCAAUCAAAUAUUUUUUUUUUACUUUGAAAUCAUGAUAAAUUCAAAUAUUUAUAUACAGUAUAUGAAAUGUGUCUACAGUACUUAAAUAGGUAUUCAAUUUUUUUAAGUUUACAUUGAAACUGAGUCAAUAGCAACACAGGUCUCGUUUGAUCCAAAUCUUUUCUUGUCUUGUCAGUAGUUUUUCUCAUUAAGUAAAUGAUUGGAAUGGUGUACUGUAUCAUAUUGUUAAUGCUUUCCUCUUCCAUAAAUAAGUUUAAAGGCUACCUUGAAACACACUGGCAAAACCCACAGCCUAAAAAAGAAUGAACCCUACCAAAGUGGAUAUCUUAGAGGUGCUCACAAACCUUAACAGGUUUCCAAUUUAGAGGUCAAUGUAAAUCAAGGAAUAUGAUGAUGAUUACAAUGACUACAAAUUGUUCAAUAAUAAUAAUUUAAACAAGGUCAUUCAAUUUUAUUUAUUACUGUAGCUUUAAAUUGAAGAACAAAUAAAAUAAUUUUUUGUGCAAUUUAUUUUUAAAAUAUGUAUUUAAAUACGGUUUUUCUUUUCAAUUUAAAACAGAUUUUCUUAUUGUUACAUUACAAUACUUUAUUGUAUUACAUAGCUAACUGUGUUUAGUCACUUGUCUACUUCCGUCCCUUUAAAAUGACCCUGCCUUACGCAAUUCCAUUUAUUGCAUUUUUUUUUUAAACAUAUUUAUAGACAGUGACCCUUCCAAAGUAUCCUAGAAGGUUGGCUAAUAUUCAGGGGACCUCUUAAGUAAAUAAAACAACAUCGAGUCGAAUUAAAAGCUGCGCUCCCUUCCCCUCUCCCCAAUUGGAAGUGCUUAACAAAUUUCACCAGGGAGAAAAAUAUCCUAUGUAAUUUUUACAGGUAGGACUCAAACAUAGAUGCACAAGAUUAUGCUUCCGUUGAGGACAUUUCCCCAUCCCCUUCAGGGAAUUCUUAGCACCACCACUGGUUAUAGCGAUUUAUUUGCUUGAGCUGCACCAGACCUAUCUGUUUUGUAAUUUUAAUUUGUUCAGUUCUUGCCUAAGUGACAAAUUGUUGUUUGAUCUGCAAGUCAAAUUUUAUCCAAUGCCAUUUUGUAUUUGACUUUACUGUAGGCAAGUUUAACUGCAAAUUAAUUUAUCUAAAAGCACACUAAUUUCUUGGGUUGCAAAAAAUAUUCUGAAUGCAUCAAAGAAAUGGCAUAUGUUAUGUAUUUUUGCAGCAUUUUAUAUACUAUACCAAAAAUGUUUUUUCUUCUACUGUUUGAUGCUUGUAUUGUUUUAUAUACUAUGUUUUUCUAUUGUAUGGUAUGGACCAAUUACGACUGAAAGAUAUUUAUAUGUACAGUAUUCAUAUUUCUGUUGAUUAAAUAAAUACCACCGAUAACUUAUUCAAAUUUUUAGUGAUAGCUUACAGACCCUAUAGAGUUUGUGGUAAUAUAGUAAAUUUUGCGACUUGAAAAUUUCUAAUAAGAAAGAAUAAAAAGUUCUUAUAAUUCA